AUGUCUCCGCGGGCUUUCGGCCCCUCCAGUGGAAGAGGAACUAGGUCAGGAACAUCCCAAUUCACUUUUGUGGGAGAGAACAAUCAGUCGGAAGCGCGGAGCCAUGCGAUGAGACAGCACUGGAAGGGUAGACAUAGGCAGAACCGGGAGUCGAAAACAUCACAUCAGAAAGCAGCAUCUUUGCCGCGACCUUUACUGCCACAGGUAACGAAUGUCGUAGACGAGGGGAGGUCGCUGGGGCUACACCGAGAUAGCGAUAGAGAUGCGAGAUCGGAUAGGGAGGUGGUCGGUGAUAAACCUCAACGGGCUGGUAUCCCAGCCCAGCUGAUGUGCGGCAUGAGCUAUGCUCUUUCGAGCUCGCGGCCUGACCCGUUCCAGACGUGUCCUGUGCAUUUGACAAGUCAGCAUCAGAAACUCCUCUAUCACUGGAUAGGCACGCAUGCGGCUAUGAUGUUCGAAGACUUAAACGUCACCGAAUUUAAUCCCAUGAGAGACGUUUGGUUCCCAUUGGACCUGUCGAAUGCUUCGUCUUUCAACUGCAUCAUGGCACAUUCAGCCGCGCACUUGGCUCAUUUGUACGGUGGCACUCUUCCCCGACGAGGAACGAAUUCUUCUGAUGCCCUGAGUUACAAGAUUGAAGCUCUUAGGAUACUACGGCUCUGGCUUAGUGAUCCGGAGACAGAACUGUGUGACGAUGCCUUUGCAGCUGUUGUUCGAUUGCUCACGUUUGAGCGAUAUUGGGGUACUGUGAAAGACUGGAAAACCCAUCGUGAUGGCUUACAAAGGAUGAUCAAUGCCAAAGGUGGAGUCGAGGCAUUGCAUGGCAACUGGCGUUUAGAGCUUGUGGUUUACCUGGUGUCAUUAAUGUCGCGACCGUCAUGGCUCGAGUCCACAAAUAAUCUUGAUCGUAUCUCGCACCGGCCUUUAUCAACCCCAGUUACGCCGCACACACAUCCUCUCGACAUUCAGAAGAUCCGCUGCCUUUGGCUGAUAUCAUUUAUCCAGGACAUGAGAACUUUCAUGGGAUCGUUUUACUCCACAGGGCUUUCUGGUUACCCUACGGCACAUGCGGCAGUUGAGCUUCUACGUCAAAACUUUCAAGAAUCCGCUGAGGCAUCUUUGUCUACAGAUACGAACGUCAUGGAGUGGGAAGAGGAUAUGCUCAGUUGUCUCUUCUCUCUCAGCGUGCUGAUACAAGACUCGAUAUCUGACUUAUACGAUGGCGCGUCAGCAACAGUCACUGGACCAAGCAUGAUGAACGGACUAGAGGUCUGCCUACGGUCUUCACACCACAUGUGGAUGGGAUCGGUCUACAACUUGCGCAUCGUCCUAUUUGAAAGCCUUGCCACGCUUUUCGAGGAUGGAGACUCCAAAAUGAAUUACGUUACGGACCUGGUGCAAGUUCUAGGCACAUUGAGUUUGCAAGCACGUCAGGGUGUCGAAAGGUGUCUCCUCAAUCUUCUGAACAGCCUUGGAAACAACAAUAUCUUAGUAAUAGAUGAUUGUUGGACGCCAGAUUCACUUUUGUCUUCUAUGCACGGACAUUAA